UGCGGACGCCUAGAAGGCCUCGUCCGACUUGGCUUUGGCUGGGGGCAAGCAGCUUCCGGUGCCCUCUUUGGCGGACGACGACAGUAUUGUUGCUUUGCCACGUCAGAAGAAGAUCAAGGCAAAGCGAUCCACCCCGUCGACUUACGGGGUGCCAUCUGCUGUACCGCUGCCGCCAGCUUUGACAAAGGCCUUCUCUCCCGCCCAGGAACCAUCACCAUCUGCCAGCGUCCUCGAGAAGGCAAAAGGCUUGCUCAUCGACGCAACUGAGGUGUUCAGGGCGCGCAAGCGCAAGGCUGCCUCGUUGAACACUGCCGGGCUUGGGCAGUAGGCCAAGGCCAAAGCCAACCGAUGAUGCUUCUUAUCUUGUUGUCUCCUUUUCAUAUCUUGCUUUUCCCAUCUGGCUCUGGAGUUUGGGGUGUUUUGAGUUUACUCUGUGAACAUACCACGGUGUGGAUGGAGGGAUAUCUACGGCGUUCUCGAGAAAUGGCAAAUUCAAUUCUUCUUAUUACUUCACUCUUGCCAUUGAUGACAUGUGGGCAUGACGAUAUUGUCUGGAUUCAGCUGAGCGCGGUGGUAAUACCUGCGGUAAUUAUUGUGUCUGCACGGCGAUGAAUAAAUGGUAUGAUGUCUCCUUUGGGUUGAACAACAGUGAACCAGCUGCCUCGUUGCGGAAAGUUAAAACUGACACUGCGCGCAAAGAUCUACAUUCGUUGUCCCUGUUGUCCCUGGAUGCAUGAGGUGAUCCUGCAGCGUAUGAUCGGCAGCUCGUCUCCUGAAGGAACAAAGGGCACAUAGACACGAGCACGGCAUCCUGGAAUGGCAAAGGAGGAUCAGACAUCUAGCAA